AUGCCUCAGGAGGCUGACGCAAGAAAAUGUACUUCCCUUACCGAUUUGGACAGCUGCAUCGAUAAUCGUGAUUCCGAGCAUAACUUCGGCAGAAUUGUCUUGAUGGAAAUCACUUACUUGAAUGAACUCAAACCAGCACCCGGCCCACCCGCAGCAGGGCGUACUAGCGAACAUAUGAUAAGUUAUUUCUCUUCAGAAUCAGAGAAGUGGUGGUCCUCAGAGAAUUGCCCGGUUCGCCAAACUUCCCAGAUAGGCUAUCGUGUUAUCAGUACUUAUAAGUCUUCAACAAUGAGAGCGGUUCAACAAAUAUACGAAGUGAUCGUUUUGUUAGACUUGAACAAGGACCGUUCAUACUGUAUCAAUCCCUGUAUAGAGACUCGAGAGCUUCGCCACGACGAAGGCUGUAAGCCGCGGCUUUGCAGUGUCGGGUUCUUUCCUAAUCAGAUCCAGAGAUUAACAAAGGAGAAUAUGAGAAGUUGGAUGGCAAAAAGGCAGGAUCUAGGUAAUCGACGGGACGGGCUUGGCGGCUACUGA